AUGGCAAUUUCAGGGUCAGAGACUCAGAGUUCGUCCUCGGUGAAAAUUGUGUCUCAGGUGGAAGUGGAGUGCGUGAAAUGCGACUCAUGCGGGUUCACGGAGGAAUGCACCCCUACGUACAUCUCCAGGGUGCGUCAGAGGUACCAGGGUCGGUGGCUCUGUGGGCUGUGUGUGGAGGCUGUGAAACACGAGGUGGUGAGAUCAGAUUGUGUCAUCACCACCGAAGAAGCCCUGGACCGCCACAUCACUUUCUGCAGAGAGUUCCGGUCUUCCGCCGUUCUCAAUAAAACAGAGCACCCCAUCUUCGCCAUGGGACGCCUCCUCCGCCGGAGCCUCGAUUCGCCCAAACCUGUCCGGUCCAACUCCAGUGGGGCUCUCGGCGUUCGAGCCCCACAAUUAAUUCGCUCGGAGAGUUGCUUCUCUUCUAUCUCCGGUUAA